AUGCUCGCCGUUUCCCCUGCUUCGUUCCGUUUUCCCUCCAUCACCGGUCUUCCUCUCUUCACUCCAUGUCCUCUCUUCCCUCCCUGUCCUCUCUUCCCCCUCUUCCCUCCCUGUCCUCUCCCCCCUCUUCCCUCCCUGUCCUCUCUUCCCUCCUUGACCUCCCUUAUUUCCCCCCUGCUCACUCUUUCUUUCCCCCCUGCUUACCCAUUGUUUCCCCCUUACGCACUCUUUCUUUCCCCCCUGCUUACCACUUGUUUCCCCCUUGUUCCACCUGCUUACCCUGUGUUCGUUCCCUGUGGGAGGGCAGGGAGAGAGGAGGACAGGGGGGAGAGAGGAGGACAGGGGGGGAGAGGAGGACAGUGGGGGAGAGGGGGGGGACAGGACAGGGGGGAGAGAGGAGGACAGGGGGGAGAGAAGGGGACAGGACAGACGGGAGAGAGGAGGACAGGGGGGAGAGGGGGGGACAGGACAGGGGGAGGAGAGGAGGACAGGGGGGAGAGAAGGGGACAGGACAUGGGGAGAGAGGAGGACAACGGAGGCGGUAAGAAGAGAGGCGGACACAAAGGAGAGUGGGGAGGCGAGGCGGCGAUGAGGAGGCGAAGUAACGGUGGAGGUGACACGGCCAGGAUGGGAAGCAGCGCGGAGGCGACUUUGGCGAGGACGCGAGAGGGUGAGGAGGAUGCGACGAGGGCGGUGUGGCAGAUUGCGCCGAUGAGGCGACGUGGCGCGUAG